UGGACGCCAACGAAUUAGAGAUAACAAAGUGAUAAUAUAAUAAAUUAAUAAAUGCCGAGACAAGCAAAAAUCGCAUCCAGUUAUCAGUUCGCUUUUCGCUUUUAUAUUCUAAUAGAACUGUGUGAUUGUAUAGGCCACCAAUUUUGCAUCGUAUCUAGGGAAUUUAUAUGUGACAGAAAUAAUAUUGGUGCCUUUUCCAGUCAUUUUGACCGUUAUUUUUUCGCGCGUUUUUAGUUAUCUGUAAAUGAAUCGUUAUCAGCACCAAAGAUUUAAAUAUUGUUAUUAAUUUAAGUGUAAGAAGUGCUAAAGCGUGUUACAUGUGUGUGUGACUUGAGUUGUGUCGAGUUUCUUUGCUUUUAAAUUCUAACCUCAAAAAACAUGUCAAAACCGGUGAAAAAACCUCGCAAAAAGGCGAUAACCGGGUAUAAAAUGCCGGAUCCGCUGCCUGCAGGUGAAAUCCUGACUGAUGUUGGGAAAAACCAGUGGAAAUUGGGGGCUUCCAUCGGGAAAGGGGGCUUCGGAGAGAUUUACGAGGCUCAAGAGGCCUCUUCCAAGUCCUCCAAAUACCCCUAUGUGGUCAAAGUGGAGCCUCACGGCAACGGCCCCCUUUUUGUCGAGAUGCACUUUUACAUGAAAAAUGCCAAACAGGCCGACAUUGAGGAUUUCAUGAAAAAACACAAGUUGAAAACGUUCGGAAUGCCGGCUUAUUUAGGGUCAGGGUCACACGAUGUGGGGGCUGCCAAGUACCGAUUUAUCGUAAUGGAGAAAUUUGGGUCUGAUAUUGAUAAAAUGCGGAGGGAGAGUGGGGCCCUGUCGGCGGUUUCAGUCUUCCAAAUGGCUUGGCAAAUUACGUACGUUUUGGAGUAUAUUCAUGACUUUGGGUACAUACAUGGGGACAUAAAAGGGGGGAAUGUCCUCCUGGGGGCCUCUUCGGCCAAUAAGAACCAGGUUUAUCUCGUUGAUUUUGGUCUAGCGACGAAGUUCAGCACAGAAAAGGAGUUUAAACCCAACCCCAAGAAGGCCCAUGAUGGUACCAUCGAAUACACCAGCCGGGAUGCCCACCAAGGGGUACCCACAAGACGCGGCGAUUUUGAAAUCCUGGGCUACAAUUUAAUCCACUGGUUGGGGGGCACCCUCCCUUGGGACUCACAAUUAGAUGACCCCAAAAUAGUCCACCAGAUGAAGGAAGACAGUUUAAAAGAUGUUUCAAAGUUCCUAAAAACCUGUUUAAGUAAAAAAUCCGAUAUGUUAGUAAAAUAUUUUCAAUACGUCAAUAGUUUAAAAUUCAAUGAGAAACCAGAUUAUAAGAAAAUCCGCUCUUUGUUUGAGGACGAAAUUCGCAAAAAUGGGAAAACCGUGGAUACUCCGUUUGAUUUCCAAGGUGUUGUGAAAAAAAGAAAUGUCAGUAGUGACAAAUUGGAUAGUAGAGACGAAGAUAAUAUAACAGAAGUGAAGAAAACAGCAAAGAAGAAAAAUAAAAAACAAAAAGAAGUUGUUGAAGAUAAUACUGAAGAGGUUAUGACAGCUGCCAUGAAAGAAAUUGCAGCGAAGAAGGAAAAGAAUGCGGCGAAAAAAAAGAAAGAUGAAGAUGAAAUUCGCAAAAAUGGGGAAAUUGAUUUUCAUGGUGUGAGAAAGAGAAGAAAUGCCAGUGGGGACAGAUUGGACUCAAGAGACGAAGAUGAUGUUAGAGAAGUGAAGAAACCUGUAAAGAAGAAAGAUAAACAAAAAGAAGAUAAGCCUGAAGAGGUGAUGACAGACGCUAUGAAAGAGAUUGUAGCGAAGAAGGAGAAGAAUGGAGUGAAAAAGAAGAAAGGGAAAGCUGAUGAGGAUAAAGAUGAAGUAUACAACGCUGAAAUGCUUGAAAUAAAAACUAAAAUUAAUAAAGAAAGACAGGAAGUAAGAGAGAACGGAAGACCUAGGCGACAUCUACCGGUUUGUAACUACGAUGAGAGGUCUUUAAGAGUACCAAAAAAGAAGACUUGAUUACCUUUACUAGUUUUUGUAUGUGUUAACUAACAAUAAAGUAUUUUUGAUAAAUCGUU